ACGGGUCGCAUUAGAGGACUCACUGGCUCAGACGAUCCUUUACAGUUUCUUUUCCCCACACAAGACAUGUACACCUCCUGUGGAAGUGUGAAGAAACGAGAGAUGACUUCAGGGCAGAAGAACAAUGAAGCGCUGGGAUCAUCUAACCGCAAAGGUAUGGAAACCUCUCUGAAGACAAGGGUGCAAAGAAAUCCGGUCAAGUUUGCUACUGAAGGCGACUGCGGAGAGAAAACCGUGAGGUUCACUGCAGAUGAUGCCAUUAUGGACUUAACACGCAGUCACAAUGUGAACAUUGCCACUGAUUUCAAACUGAAAUCGUUCCAACAUUCUGUCUUUGUACCCGCAUGCGGAGAGAAAACCGUGAGGUUCACUGCAGAGGAUGCAGCGAUGGAUAUGACCCAGGGCCUCAGUGUACAUAUUGCAAGUAAUUUACUAUCAGAUGCACUUCUCCCUGUAAAGAAACAAGAUGGUCAGCCUAGAAACAGAUCAGCACACAGUUUAAAUCCAAGUUUUACUACAAGCCUCUCAAAAACUAGUGGCCCCAGUGGUGAACCUGUGAUCACAAGAAUGACGCCUACAGCUGCACAGUCCUCUGACAUCGGAGACUCAUCGAAUGGAGGGACAGUCUGUCCAGAAGAAGAUGUGAGCAUGGACAUGACUGGAGCUCAGACGGGUCGCAUUAGAGGACUCACUGGCUCAGACGAUCCUUUCCAGUUUCUUUCCCCUACACAAGAAAUGUACCCCCAAAGUGGUAGUGUGAAGAAACAAGAGAUGACUUCAGGACAGCAGCACAAUGAAGUGCUGGGAUCAUCCAAUCACACAGGUUUGGAUACCUCAUUGACUGCUUCUUUAAAGACGAAGGUGCAAAAACAUCAGGUCAAGUUCGACGCUGAAGACGACUGCAGAGAGAAGACAGUGAGGUUUACUGCUGAAGAGGCCUGUAUGGAUGUGACAAGAAAUCACAUUGUAAACAUUGCCACCAAUUUGGCACCCCAGUCUCACCAACAUGUGGACUCAUCCAUAGCUGCAACCGAUGCAGCUAUGGAUGAGUCCCAGUGCCUCACUGUCAAUAUUGCCGACAAAUCGGCAUCAAAUUCACAUCUUCGGCGGAGUAACAGAUCUUUACCAGCACAUGCUUUGGAUCCAGGAUUUAAAAACUCCCUAUCUAAGACAAGUGGCCCCUGGGCUGUGAUUGCCGGAGCAGUGGCUCCUGCUGAAGUGUCCCCUCAAAAAGAUGUAGACACGAAUGGCUUCCUGGACCAAGUGAAGACAUGGAAGCCUGAUGUGGGUCCUGAAAAGGAAGCUCCAGCUCCCGUGAAGAAGCCAAUGAAUGAAACCAUGAUGGGGGACGAUGUAAGUACGGAUAUGAGGGAAGUUCAGACAGGCUGUAUUUUGGGACAGACGGAUGAGCCACCUCAGUGCCCUUCGUCCACACAGGACGUGUGCCCCAAUUCUGACCAGUCGAAGAAAACCGAAAUCACUUCACAGUCAGGCAGUGAAGCACUGGGAUCACCCGACCCUGAAAUCGCAAACCUUCCCGAUUCUCUUCCCUCGAAUGAAACGGUCACCGGGUGCGAAUCGAGAAAUCAGACUUUGCCGCAGAAGAUGGAGAGCUCACCCACUGCUGUCGACCAUGACGUUGAUGCAGCGCCUUCACGGAAGACCAGGCGAAUGAGUUUGGCCGAUCUUCAAUCAAAAGUAAGACGUUUCAGCCACGUAACGACUACAGCACCUGUUGAUGUUGCCAUGGAUGCCUGCACAGCAGCUGUGCCUCGACUGGACCACGACACGGACAGAAACUCGCAAGACAAAACCGAAUGCACACCUGUAACGGAGCCUGAACUUGAAGUGGGUUUGGUAAACACGGAGGAAAAUACACAAGCCCAAAGUCUUGCGCAAGAAGAAGAAGAACCCUUUACGACUGCAACUCCUUUCAACCUGAAGACUAAGCAACUUAUGUCGAGACUCUCAAUGGGAAGCUUUAAGGCAAAACUCCCCCAAAGAGGCAAACCCGAAGACGCAAAGAUGCCGAAUCCUGUGGGAGAACAAACGAGGACAGUCGCUGUCGAUGUCACGAGUAAACUGAGCAACUUUGAUAUUUACGACGAAGAGCUUGUAAGCUACGAAGAUAUGUCUGAAACGCUGGACAUGAGUCCUCAGAGAGCCACUGGAGAAGUGAGUGCUUCCCGCGGGUUCCACGCGCACGAGCUGUUAGAGGAAGACGUGUUUGAACCGGACUUUGUUUGUUCUGUCCACGGCAAAAAGAGACCUCUGCCAGGAGACGAAAACACGGAGGAUGAAAAGAGAAUGAAAACCUCCACUGAGGCGACCACUGACGUUGAAACGUCUCAUGUUGUGGAGUGCGACGGUAACAUUGCUAGAGCUCCAAGCACGACAUCACAGACCACAGAUUACUCCAACAGCUCUCACACCGCCAGCACCAGAUCUGAAGCUACUUUUGAAUCAACUUUCAAACAAAGCCUGUUUGAAUCCCAGCUUGAAGACUACACCAAUGAUGUGCAGAAACUCAACGAUGGCACCAUUACAGUGUUGGAGUUCUUUAACCUCUUCAACAUAGACUUCGUCAUCCAUAAUCCUCGGCAAAGCAUCCUUCCCGGCAGACUUUUGUCAGACACAGACUGCACACCGAUGGACUUAUGGAGAGACAGACACAUCUACCGUCCUAAACAGAUGGUGUACGAGACCGACGUCCUCAACCUCACAGAACGGGUGGAGGGGUUGAAGGAGCGAAUGCAGGACCGAGACAAACCACUGAAGAUUGUUAACAGACCUUUGUGGGAAGAAGUGAGACAUUUUACAGAGAAAGAGCUCAAAUCUUUUGGUGCAAAACUAAAAGAGAGAAAUAACCUCUUCAGGAAGUUGAGCAAAGUUCAGUCCCAUGAAAUGAAGGAGGUGUUGUACUCCAACCUGGUGCAGUCUAAUCUGGAGGAGCAGCAGAGGUUGAGAGGAAAGAUUGAGGAAGCAGAUGAGAUGCUGAAAAGUUUGGACGAUUGUAUUCGGGAAACAGAAACCGAACUUACUGCAGUUGAAGAAAAGGGCUUUGAAGGCAAACCAAGUCUGAACUCGCGUCAGGAAGAAAUGCAGACAGUCGCUGAGGCUUUGGCGGAUAAUGACCGACAAAUAUCCGAACUGGAGAUGCAGAAGAAGCAGAACUCCAAUAAACUGAACCGGCUGAAAGCUGAGACGAGGAACCUCGAGAGCCCCGUCAACGUGCUGCACAUGCUGAAUGAAUGGAGGUUUGCAGAGAAGACCGACGACUGCACCACCUACACGUUCCUUCAUGAGACCUUGCAGCUAGAGCUGCUGUAUGAACAGUCCAGCGGGACGGAUGCUGGUGAUCAGUCUGAGAGGAAAAUAUCGCACGUCUCAUUCAAACUUCAACUUGAUGAUGAGAAGUCACAGGGCCACGCCUGCCUCGUUCACAAGCUGCUCUCCGAGUACGUGGAGGGAGAACGUGACUGGGUGGAGAAGUAUCCAACGAACAGACAUGUUCCAAAGCUGCUCCAUGAUGUUGGCCUGGUGGUGAGUCGCUGUCGUCUGCUGGGAGAGGAGUUGCGUCUGCUGAAAAUGUGGGGGGGUCUGAGGCUUGAUAUUCUCCACAUCAGCUGUGUGGACACUCGAGUGCACAUUGUCUUCAGCUGUCUCAAGACAGUUUCCAAGUUUGAAGUGAUGUUCUCUGUCGGUGUGAUCGACCACCACUGUGUCCUUCAAGUGCAGAGCUUCAGAAACAUGAUCGGAAACACGACGAUGCAGCAGAUCGAGGAGAUUGUGGCGUCGAUCAGUCCAGCCAAGAACCUCCUGACCAAGAUUGUCAAAACCAUUCAUGAUAAUCUGCUCUGUUGAGACCCAUCGUUUCUAUUCAAACUCUUUUGUACACUAUGGAUGUUGAAAAAUGUAAACUUUAAAAUGUGUUGUCUGGCUUUUUUUUUUAUAUAUAAAAAAAUGAUAAAAAAAUAUAUAUAAAUGUUUUGCAAAAAGUAACAUUUCAGUGCAUUUUGUUCAAAUUGACAGAAUACAGGAAAUCCGAUCAGUUUCAGCCUCGGUCUUGUUUGUCACAUAUCUGGCCAGCCGUCACCAUUAUUUACAAUCACCAACAUUAAGGUCCCGAAACGUCUCUAAAAAAAUACAUACAAGUUUGUUUUUAGAUAAGAAAGAAUGUAAAUAUGAUACAGAGAUUAUUUUAGGUUAUUCAAGUAAUUCGAAGUUCUGUUAUGUCAUCUUGCUAGAUUUUGGUUCAAUUUACAUUUGUUUCAUGAUUAUGUGAACCUUGAACAGAUUAAACAUGGUUGUUCUCUGGUCUGGUGUGCAGAGUCUCCUCCAGGUGGUGAACAUGAACCCAGCUUACAGUACUUUGUGUUGCUUAUAAAUACGUCACAUCCAGCUGUAGCUUUGUACAGUUCUGAACAUGUGUAAAUGUAUUUCACUAUAUUUUGUCAUGACAGUUCCUCUUUUCAAAGAUGUGUUGUACUUUAGUCAUUUG